AAAUAUCCCCCCCAAAACAAAGAUUUUCUUCUUCUUCUUCUUAAAGAGUGGACACGCAACAGAUACUGUUUAUACCACGUUGUUUAGUUUCUCAGGUUCUCAGCGCACUCCACAGGAGAGACGCAAGCGAGGGACCACGUGAGGGAGACAUCAUUAAGUUACUGCUGUUGUUGUUGAUGGUGGUGGUGUGGGGGGGUGGAAGUGGUUGGGGUUUGUUUACCCCGCCCACCUGUCUGCCGUAUAAUAACUGAUGUGAGACGGCAGCAGUGGCACAGCAGCAGCCUCCUCAGAGAGGCACAACACAGCUGUUUCACUGAAUAUGGAUGCCAAUAUUGUUGUUAUGGGGAUGGAGAGCGUUGGGAAAUCAGCGCUGACUGUCCGCCUGUUAACUCGGAGAUUCAUUGGAGAGUAUGGAGAUAUUGAAUCAAUCUACAGUCACAGCUUCAUAGUAGAUGGGAGGGCGGUCACUCUCAAUAUUUGGGAUUCACAUUAUUCUCAGGAUUUCUCUGCAGACUCGUCACUCUUUGAGAAGAAGGUGCGGUGGGCCGAUGGCUUUGUUCUGGUCUACAGCAUCUGCGACAGGGCCAGUUUCAACACAGUUAGCUGGCUCAUUCAGACUAUCAAAUCCAACAAGGACUGCCUGAGUACAGACAAAGUACCCAUAGUGAUUGUGGGUAACAAAAGGGACCUGCACCACAGACGGACAGUGACGAGCGAAGAGGGCCGGCUGCUGGCUCUCAACACACACUGCCAGUUCUAUGAGGUGUCGGCCGCCGAGAACUACCACAGUGUGCUCAUGGUCUUUCACGGCUUGGUGGACAGAUUGAAGGAUGCCAAGCUAACCACAAAGAAGCCUCUAAGGUUGAAGGGCAUAGUGAAAAGCAUGUCUGCAGUGUUUGCCAGGAGACGGACUGAGUCCUUUUAGUAGAAAUGUGACAAAAGAAGAGGAGACUCCAUCAGAUGGAUAUCUGUCAGUGAAACAUUACCACGUGUCGCAUGUGUGUUAAAAAAAAAAAAAAAAACUCUAAAAAAGGUAAAAGCUGUUAUGCUUCAGAGAACAUGGGCACAAAACAAUUUCACAGAGGUUACAGAUGCUUUCUGCACUUUAACUACACUUAAGUUAACAUAGUGUCAUU